AUGCGUCCCUCCACUUUCGUUGCCGGCCUUGCUGCCGUUGCUGCUCCUGCUUUUGCCCAGAACGCAUCCAUCUGUGACAAGUACACCACUGCUCUGCUCAAGGAGAACACUGGCGCCAACCAAUUGACCCUGUUGACCCUCCUUGUCAACACUGUUGUCAUUGGUAACUACACCAAGCCCAACAUGAACGCUGUCCCCGGUAUCCUUGCCAAGGGCAACUACAUGGGCACCGAGGUCAACCUCCUUCCUUACUUCAACGGCGGUCUUGCCUCAUCCAACCGUGGCGGUAGCUCUGGUGUCUCCAUCAACUUCCUCGACGAUGGCGGUGCCGUCCCUCUCACCAUGAACAUGCCCUCCAACGGCACUUCAUCCAACCAGUACAAGCUCAUGACCCACUUGUACCAGUACUUCGGUGCUCUCCUUGGCUGCUCUGCCACUGGUUUCCCCAGCUACGCCGGCUUCGGCUCCCAGGCUGCUGUCCACAGAUUCAUGGACCUCUCUGCUGCAGAGGUCGGCUACUUCAUCGAGCAAGUUGCCCUCGCCGCCUCUUCCUUCGGCGUCACCCAGGACGACAUUGCUGUUGUCGGCAAGGCCCUCAACACCAUCUUCAACGUCCGCUGCGCUCCCNCCACCACCGUCAUCCCUGCCCAGGGUGCUCAGCUCCAGAGCAUCUGCCAGGAUGAAACCUGCCUCCUCGCCCCCAUGGCCACCUGCGCUGCCUACCCUGCCACCAUGAAGCCCGCCAAGAGCAACUCGACCAUGGCCGGCUCUAGCUCCAUGGCCAACGGCACCAUGGCUGCUGGCACUGGCUCUGCUGCCAGCGCCUCUUCUUCUCACCCCGCUUCGUACACUGGUGCCGCCGCCAAGAUCGGUGCCGGUGCUGCUGGUCUUUUGGCCGCCGCCGUCCUCGCUCUGUAA